AUGCUCUGGGUAUCUAUCGUCGGCACGCUCAUUAUCUCUCUCUCCUCUAUAUUACUUUACACGCGUCCGGGCCUCUCGCCCUUUCGUGCCAUCACUUCCCGUCUGGGAUGGAGCGGGAAGGCCUCGCAGGACACUUCUACAGUCGUCGCCAGCGAGGAUGUGGUCACAUUCAACGGCACGCGCAGGGCGAACGCCGUCAUCCUUAUGUUGGUGCGCAACUCCGAGCUCGAGAACGCUGUCGCUAGCGUGAAGGAGCUGGAGGAGCGCUUCAACCAGCACUACGGCUACUCCUGGCUGUUCCUCAACGAGGUGCCUUUUACAGAGGAAUUCAAAGGGAAUAUGAGCAGCGUGGUCUCGGGAUCCCUGUCCUUUGGGCUCAUCCCACCAGAACACUGGUAUCAACCAGAAUGGAUAGAUGAAGAGAAAGCGACGCAGAGUAGGAACCAGAUGGUGGCAGAGAAUGUCAUCUACGGCGGCAGCGUUUCCUACCGCAAUAUGUGCAGGUUCAACUCAGGUUUCUUCUACCACCAUCCACUAGUGCAAAAGUACAAGUGGUAUUGGCGCGUCGAGCCGGGCGUACACUUCACUUGCAACAUCGAGUACGAUCCGUUCGUCUACAUGGAGGACAACAACAAGAUCUACGGAUGGACCAUCUCACCACAUGAGUGGCCGAAGACAGUGACGACGCUGUGGGAUGCCGUGAAAGAAUUCGUCGACCAGAACCCGCAGUACAUCGCUGCAAACAACUCCAUGGACUAUCUCUCGGCCGACAGCGGCGAUACCUACAAUAUGUGUCAUUUCUGGAGUAACUUCGAAAUCGCGAACAUGGAGUUCUGGCGAGGCGAAGCAUACAGCAAGUUCUUCGACCACUUAGAGUCGAAAGGCGGCUUCUACUACGAGCGCUGGGGCGACGCGCCCGUCCACAGCAUCGGCGCGGGCCUCUUCGCGCCAAAGGACCAGAUCCACUUCUUCGACAACAUCGGGUACCAGCACGACCCUCUACAACACUGCCCGCGUGACGCUAGGGUGCGGCGCGCGAUGAAGUGCUCGUGUCUGCCUUGGCGCAGCUACGAUUAUCGCGGGGAGUCGUGUUUGCGCAAGUGGGAGAAGAUGAUGAAGUCGUGA